AUGGCCGUGGCCAGCUCCUCCUCCACCACCCUAAUCUUAUCUCUCACCACCUCUUCGACCCACCAAUCUCUCCACAUUAUCCCCAAUCUACCUUUCACCAAACCGUCUUCCAAAUACAUUCGACCCACCACAAAACUCCACGUGUCCUCCAAACCCAUUACCGCCACCACCGCCACCUCCAAACCCAACGAAGAAACCAUCUUUUUCGACGGUGGAGCCCACUACGGUGACCUUGUAGCAAACCUCCUUCUGGGUUUCACUCUCCUUUGGUUGCCUCUAACUUUAGCUGCUGUUUUGAGGGCAUUUUAUCUGAGGUUUAGGUUUACCAACUUGAGGGUCACUGUGAUUUCUGGGCUAACAGGUGACAGGAGUGACUUUGGUUAUAAUGUAAUCAAAGAUGUUCAGGUUGUGCCAAGGUUUAUUGGCGAGUGGGGUGAUAUAAUCAUUACUUUGAAAGAUGGUACUAGGGUGGACUUGAGAAGUGUUCCCAAGUUUAGGGAAAUUGCUAAGUAUUGCCUAUCCAUGGCUGAGAAGCCUGUGGUGUUAAAGGAAAGUGGCCCAAAAGGGUUUUGA